CACACACACACUCCAUCACAAACUACAUUAACUCAUACAUACAUACCAUGCCUGAGGCACCCGAUCAGAACCCGAUGAUGUCCGGCUUCAGCGUUGCCGAGAACAACAAGAAGAAGCUGGACUUCAUCGAGGAUGUAACCUCCAACCCCGACCAAAUUCAGCAGCAAGUCCUUUCCGAAAUCCUCUCCCGAAAUGCCAACGUCGAGUACCUCAUGAGGCACGGCCUCAACGGCCACACUGAUCGUGAUACUUUCAAGAAAACCUUGCCCGUCAUCUCCUACGAGGACAUUCUCCCCGACAUCACCCGUAUCGCCAACGGCGACACCUCCCCCAUUCUCUGCUCCCGCCCCAUCUCCGAGUUCCUCACUAGCUCUGGAACAUCUGCCGGGGAGAGGAAAAUGAUGCCAACGAUCGAGGAGGAGCUCGGUCGGAGAUCGCUUCUGUAUAGCCUGCUGAUGCCGGUGAUGAGCCAGUUCGUCCCGGGGCUAGACAAGGGGAAGGGGAUGUAUUUCUUAUUCAUAAAAUGCGAGAGCAAGACCCCGGGCGGCCUCCCCGCCCGUCCGGUUUUAACGAGCUACUACAAGAGCUCCCACUUCAUGGACCGGCCUUACGAUCCCUAUACGAACUACACCAGCCCGAACGAGGCCAUUCUCUGCCCGGACUCCUACCAGAGCAUGUACUCCCAAAUGCUCUGCGGCCUCUGCCAGCACAACGAGGUCCUCCGCGUUGGCGCGGUCUUCGCCUCCGGCUUCAUCCGCGCCAUCCGCUUCCUGGAGAAGCACUGGGCCCUCCUCUGCCACGACAUCCGCACGGGGACCCUCAACUCCCUCAUCACGGAUCAGGGAGUGAGGGAGGCCGUGAUGCGGAUCCUCAAACCCGACCCGAAGCUGGCCGAGUUUGUGGAGUCCGAGUGUAAAAAAGGGUCGUGGCAGGGAAUCAUCACCCGCCUCUGGCCUAACACGAAAUACGUGGACGUUAUCGUGACGGGGACCAUGUCGCAGUACAUUCCGACCCUGGAUUACUACAGCAAUGGUUUGCCCCUUGUCUGUACAAUGUAUGCCUCUUCGGAAUGCUACUUUGGUGUCAAUCUCAAUCCUCUCUGCAAGCCCAGUGAUGUCUCUUACACCCUCAUCCCCACCAUGGCCUAUUUCGAGUUCCUCCCCGUCCACCGCAACGACAGCCUCUCCAACUCCAUCGCUGUCCCCGUCUCCCUCAACGAGAAGGAGCAGCACGAGCUCGUUGAUCUCGCCCAUGUCAAGCAUGGCCAAGAAUACGAGCUUGUCGUCACAACUUAUGCAGGUCUGUACCGGUACAGAGUGGGUGACGUGCUGCGCGUGGCCGGGUUCAAGAACAAGGCGCCGCAGUUCAACUUCAUCUGCAGGAAGAACGUGGUGCUGAGCAUAGACUCGGACAAGACCGACGAGGUGGAGCUGCAGGCCGCGGUGAUGAGCGCGGUCGGCCACCUGGAGCCGUUCGGGGCAUCACUGACCGAGUACACAAGCUACGCGGACACAAGCAGCAUCCCAGGGCACUACGUGCUAUACUGGGAGCUGAGUCACAACAGGUCGAUCCCGAUCCCACCAUCAGUGUUCGAGGACUGCUGCCUAACAGUCGAGGAGUCGCUGAACUCGGUGUACAGGCAGCACCGCGCGUACGAGGCCAUAGGCCCGCUCGAGAUCAGGAUUGUCCAAGGAGGGACGUUCGACAAGCUCAUGGACUACGCCAUCAGCCUCGGCGCGUCGAUCAAUCAGUACAAGACGCCGCGAUGCGUCAAGUUCGCGCCCAUCGUCGAGCUUCUCAACUCGAGGAUGGAAUCCUCCUUCUUCAGCCCAAAGUGCCCCAAAUUCACCGCCGCAGCGGCGCCGCACAGCCAAUGGAGCACGGAUAAUUGAGUUGAGCGCCUCUCUACUGUUUAAUUUUGUCAUCAUCAUCAUCAUCAUCAUCAUUUGUAGAGAUGUACAACUUAAUAUUAUGCUAUUUAGGUUAACCAAUCAUUUUUCAUCCUUUUCAAUCUCCUUGUUACCAUUUUAACCGCUGUUUUAUUAUGGUAGAAUCUUCCGCCAUGUAAAAAUGAAAAAACAGAUCCUUUUUCAAGGAAUGUUUUCUUCUUCAUCAUC